ACGGUACCAGGGCCGACGUUUAAGCCGCGAGAAGCCUUCCAUCUGCGUUGCAGUGUGCUGAUUGCGGCGGCGUAUGUGAAUUUGCGGUUGUUUAACUCACGCCAGACGUUGGAGUACACAAAGGAAUUGCUGCAAUGCGAGCCUUACCUUUCCAUCACCCACCGGCUGUUGGCGCAUUCAUAUACCGCGGAAGCCCUCGUCAUGGAGGAUCGGAUUUCCGAGGCGAUUUCUCACCUCGUUGCUGACGACGUGGGGAGCGAUUUUGGCGCGCACUUGCAUGGUCGUAAUCCUUUCGAUAAUCCAGAGCCAGCCUCGACGCAGACGACAGCUGGCAAUAUCCAACAAUCCCAGGCAUUGAAGCACACGAGGAAAUGGUUCCCCAACAACGCGAGCACUGCGAAAGUGUUAGUGCAAUACAACUUGACAGUCGCGUACGCGUUUCGUGGGGAAUUAGAGAAGGCUGGGGAGGCGUUGAAGCAGUUAUCAAAAUUCAAGGAACCAAACGCGGAAAUCCCUAUUCAAGCCAUGUUGAUGGCUCUUUAUAUUCAAGUGCAGCUAGGCAAUACCGAUACGGCGCGAAAAAUCAUCAAGCAGCAUUGCCCACAAUACCGUUGA